AUGGUGGAUAAAUUGUAGGGUAAAAUAAGAAAAGCCAAAUUAAUCAAAUAUGCUAAAAAGAAAGAGCAAUUAAUAUAGAAAUUAAAGCUUUAAAUUCCUAACAUAAUUAUGUAGGAAGAAAAAGUCAUGACAUAAUCUUAAUAGUUUUUAUAAAUUGAAUAAAAAAAAUAAACGAAAGCAAAAACUGAUUAAAAAAUUAAUGAAUUAUAAGAAGAAGAAGAAGAACCAAAAAGAUAAUAAAUACUAAUAGAAAGGCUGGAAGAGACAAAAUUAUAGCAAUAAAAAUACAUUUAAACCUACUUAAAUUAUAAUUUUGACUUUAUUCAGGCCUUUCUAAAUGAUUCAAAAAACUAUAUUAGACCUUGGUAGGUCAAUAUGGAAAGGGUGAAAUAUGGUUAUGGUUAAAACUUCAUAGUUAGACGUAUGAGAUUAGUGAAGAAUCAAAAUGUAUAAGAAUGGGAAGACAAAAACCAACAAAGAUUAAAGUCUAUGGUUUUAGUCUCAUUUCAUAAUAAAAUAGAGGAACUAGAAUAAUAACAUCUAAAGAUAAGAUAUAUGGAGGAUGCUUUUGUUUAAUACACUUCUUAAUUUCCUUUUUCAUCUAUAUCCCCUAAAGAAGCAACUUGGUGGUCUGAAGUAUCGGAUGCCUGUGACGAAGAAGAGUAUUUGAAUUCAAUAUGCCUAAAAUGGUGUACUAUUAGUUCCUGUGAUUAGAAAUUAAAGAAUACCGCUAAACGUUAUAUAAUAUUUAAUUAAUCACUAGUUGAAGAAUACUGUUUCAGAAAUAGAUUAAGAAAUUCCUUACAUAUUUAAUUUAUAGUGGAAUAAUAUUAUAGGAUAAUCAAGAUCUGGAAUAACUUUCCCAUAGCAUAUUUUGUUAAAUAUGUUACCAAAAUCAAUUGCUAAUAUGAUAUAGGGCAACUUGAUGAAAAAAAAACUAGGUAAGACUUCUAAACAUUGUUUAAGUUCUGCAAAUGGUGUAGAAAUUGA